AUGACGAAUGGAAUCACUUGUACUGAAGCACAAACUCCAACAACCUACUGGGGACUGCAGCGCUACUUCCUCAGCUGUACAGUUGAGCGGGUCACUUCUGAGGUUUCCCUGCUAGAGGCCGAUCCCAGUGUUCAGUCUGUCCAUGAUGCAGGUCAGCUUAGUUGGGGCUCAGUUACGGACUUCUCCUUGUCUUCAUUGCGUGAUCGAGUAUUAGCUCUUGCACCCAUUACUUGGACACUCCUCACUACAAUAGCAGCGGGAGGGGGGAAACACGUCACUUACCGAGAAACCUAUAACAAGAACAAGAAAACGGGGAGGGGAUCUAACCAAACACGCGACCCUUGGUUAGUAAGUAUAUCAGGUACAAGACACCGGUCUAGUCCCCAGCUCACCUUGCAAUCAUGCCAACAGGGUUGCACCGUCGCACUAUGCAUCCUGCUUUAUUUCCACCACCUAUAUGCAAAUGCAUUCCAGUCCGUCAUUGGCAUAUUGCUCUUCGCGACGAACACACAGCGCAACGUUCACACUAUUCUCAGCCGGUUAGGACUCUCUACUGCCUAUAGCACAACACUGCGACACCUACAUGCUCUUGGAGAUGCUGCUAGUAACAAGCUGAAGGAUAUCGGGCGUCAGUUUGUGGCACGCAAGGCCACAUUUCAUAUUGUCUAUGACAAUUUGAACCAAUACCACAAGAACUGGCGGCCCUCACUUGGGAAGGGUACUUCUCUGGAGAGUGGGACUGCAGCCACCCUCAUCAUACAGCAGGGCGUUGAUGCGGCGGCUUUUGAUGGAAUAGAAUAUGAGCGGAGGAAGCGUGAAGUAAAGAAAAGGGAUAUCUCACAUGAAAAGAUGUGGAAGGAUGUGGAUCACGACCACUUGCAGCGUGCUUGCAUAGUGCAGAUCCUAAGAAUCCUUGUGUGCCAUGUCCCAGGAAUAAAGCGGCGCUUCAGCGGCAACAUUCAAGCACUGUGUGAAAAAACACUUGCCAAACGCCAGCUUCCGGUGUCGAAGACAGAGUACUACCCCUGCGAAACUUCAGGAUAUGAUGAGGCAACGGUAAAAGGAAAUCGUGACACACUUCGUGAUUUGCUUUUUCGUCAGUUGGGAGUCACACCAGAUGAGGUUGAAGGGCGCCUCGUACCUGUGUCUGGUGAUCAAAUGACCAUUGCACGACUCAGAACCUUACGUGAACAGACAAGUUCAGCCAAUACAUGGCAUAUGGGAAACCGGUGGAUACUCCCCCUCAUCGAAAUCUGGCACAUGGGUUUGGCCAUGAUCAAAGGAAUCUUCAAAAUUCACUGGUGUGAGAACACAGUGAAGGGGGACUUUGGUCUACGGCACGCAAAUGACCUCUUACGACGGAAAUUGAAUAUCAAUAAACUCGAAUUUUACCCCGCAGAGCGACUUACGGACACAGUACUUGCAACUAUGACGCUAAACUAUUUUCGGGCAAUCCUACAACAGGAAGUUGACCUGUCAGCUGAACCCCAAAAGCGGUUGCAUUUGACAGAAGAAUUGGACUCAUACACAGGUGAUGGCCAAAUCCUGUCAAAAUGCCCCUUCGAAUAUCUAUACGCCCUGGCAGAGAAGACAUAUGUCGCAUUUGGAAGCACAAAAUCAGCUUAUAUGGCGCUCCAUCCAAAUUCUGAACGGGCAGGGGGCAACACUGGCGCUGAUGGACUGGAGGAAGAUGAGGAGUUUAUUGAAGACAUGUUGGCGGAGUGUGAAGGCAGUAGCCGAGCAUCAAUUUUGCUUGCAUGUGACGAUGAAACUCAGAAUGAUGCACCGGUUCUUGAAGCGCCACCUGAGGCUUCUUCUGGCGACAUUCUGAUGUUUAACAACAUUAUGCUUUGGCAGGACUUGCUGCACUACUCAGAAUUCCGUGACAGUGUGAAGGAGGGCGAUGUCGGACGCACAUUUGAAGUGAUCAAGUGGCUUCGAUUUUGGUUUUUUGGUGUAGGUGCGACGAACUAUGGGCAUGAAUUACUCCAUCAAAUGCUGGACUUGUGGUUCCACUUCUCCCCUGCGACUCUCAAUGCUGUGCUCGACAAUUAUUUUGUGAACACAUCUGGUGAACGAAGGCGUUUUCAUGCAAGAGAUCUCCUCCAGGAGCAUAUAAACUGUUGGCUGAAGAGGGUCUUUAACAACCGUUUAGCUACAUUUGGGUCAUCCUUCAUGCGCCAAACUAUCGCUCUCAACAUCCUUCAUCUGACGAAACUCACCCGGACUCUUUCCAAUUCUCUUGGACUUGCUGACCCAUAUUCUUUACAUUCUUCUGCCAACAUCACCGCUGACAUCAAUGUCCUUGGUUAUCAUUACGCCACUCAUAGUCAUCAUAUCUACAUUGCUGGCCGCACACAGUCUUACCUGACUGUCGAUGGUAUCUCUCGUGGCAGUGAAAAAUUAAGGAACGGCGUUCUCAAGAACUUUGUAGAUGAGCACAUAGAAUUGCCCUAUCGUACCUAA